UGCAGAGCGGUUUCUGGGUAUAGACCGUCUGCUACAGGAACAGAACAUGUCACCCAGGUCUAGAUGACAAUGAAACUAGUUGUGUUUCUUCUUUGACUACGAUUUGUUAAAGAUGUCCAGGUUUCAGGAACUUAAAGGUUCGUUCAAACGGCGGCUGCUGACUUCGGUUCGCGAAGAUCUGUUCGGACAUUUGGAGAGAAAAAUAUCCGAAUAUAAGAAGGAGAUCGACCGCAACAGAAAACUGAUGGAUCUGGUUCCAAAACGGCGAAGAUCAGUGUGUCCUGCAGACGUCCAGCAGGUGUUGGAGACUAAAGAAGUUUCCCCUGAGCAGCAGGAGUGGAGCUCCAGACUGAUCCAGCAGGACCCAGAGCCCCCCCACAUUAAAGAAGAACAGGAAGAACUCUGUCUCAUUCAGAGACCAGUAGAGGACUGUGGAGGAUCAGAAAUAGACAGGAAGUUGGAUAGAGACUGGCAUCCACACCCAGAGAGUAAAUCAUCAGGCUACUCUGUGACUAGUAAAACAUUUACAGUGAAGGGGAAUUUAAAUGAAGACAUGAGCGCUCCUACAAGAGAAGAGGGUAAUAGAUGCCCUUUUUGUGGUAAAUGUUUUGCCAGAAAACCUGGCCUGAAGUGCCACUUGAGAAUUCAUACUGGAGAGAAACCAUUUAGUUGCUCAGUUUGUGGCAAAACAUUUACACUAAAAGGAACUUUAAAAUCCCACCUGUUAACCCACACGGGGGAGAAACAAUUUAGCUGCUCAGUUUGUGGUAGAAAAUACAGCCAAAAAUCAAGUCUAACAAAACACAUGUUAAUCCACACAGGAGAGAAACCAUUUUGCUCGGUUUGUGGUAAAAAGUUUACAUAUGAAUCAGCUCUAGAAAAACACAAGUUAACCCACAGAGAAGAGAAACCAUUUUGUUGCUCAGUUUGUGGUAAAAUAUUUGCACAUAAAUCAACUCUGACAUCCCACAUGUUUACCCACACAGAAGAGAAACAAUUUAGUUGUUCAGUUUGUGGUAAAAAAUUUGGACGGAAACCACUUCUAACAUCCCACAUGUUUACCCACACAGAAGAGAAACUAUUUAGUUGUCCAGUUUGUGGUAAAAAAUUUGCAACUAAAUCAACUCUAAGAAAACACAUGGUAACCCACAGUGGGGAGAAACCAUUUUGUUGCACCGUUUGUGGUAAAAGGUUCGCAUAUAAAGCAGUUCUAAACACCCACAUGUUUCUACACACAGGAGAGGAACCAUUUAGUUGCUCAGUUUGUGGUCAUAAAUGUGCAAACAAAUCAAAUCUAACAAGCCAUAUGUGGACCCACACAGGAGAGAAACUAUUUAGUUGUUCAGUUUGUGGUAAAAAAUGUGCAUAUAAAUCAGGUCUAACAUAUCACAUGUUAACUCACAUAGAGGAGAAACCAUUUAGUUGCUCAGUUUGUGGUAAAAAAUGUGCACACAAAAGAAUUCUAAAAUGCCACAUGGCAAGCCACACAAGAGGGAAAACAUUUAGUUGCUCAGUUUGUGGUAAAAUGUUUCAGCAUCUAUCAUAUGUAACACAACAUAUGGUAACACACACAGGGGAGAAGCCGUUCAGUUGCUCAGUUUGUGGUAAAAAAUGUUCACUUAAGUCAAACCUAACACAACAUAUGUUAACCCACACUGGGAAGAAACCAUUCAGCUGCUCAUUGUGUGAUAAAAAGUACACAGUCAAACGAAGUUUGAAAGACCACAUGCAACAUCACACAGGGGAAAAACGCUUCAGUUGUAGUGUUUGUAACAAAAGAUUCAGUCGGCGAAGUGGCCUUAAAAACCAUAAGUGUAUUGGUGAGUCCUCACAGCUUCAUCAGAGUCAGACUGAGGAGAACAGAGAGGCAGAGCCUCCGGCCAAAAGCUCAACUGAACCGAUGGAAACAGAAGCUGAUGGAGAGGACUGUGGAGGACCAGAACCAGUCAGUAACUCACAUCCAGACUGAAGAGAAACUAUGUAGUUGUUUAAAAGAGAAAUCUGAAAUUCCACAUACCACUUUACACAAUUAUGGACAAUCCCUCCACAAGUCUUUGGACGAUCUCAGGAGCAGCUUUAGCAACAGACUCAUUCAACCUGACUGUUUGAAGGAGCGAUACAGGAAAUCGUUCCUGCCUAGUGUCAUCAGAUUGUACAAUUCAUCUGGCCGGUUUAACCUGACAACAUAGAACUGCACUGUUUCAAUCUUUUAAUUCCUUAAAUCUACAAACUGCUUUGCACACAUUCAGUUACACUCCCGUCAUAUUUUAAACAUAAAUGCUACACACUGUGACUACCACUAUCAGUGUUACUCCCACCAGCAUUACCAAUCAACUGUUGCUAUAAGACUUUUUUGCACCUUAUAAGUAAUGGUUUCUUCUAUUUUUGUGCAUAUAUUUUAUUCCAGUUCUUGCUACCUUUUUGUUUAUUUUACUCCUACUUGUUGAGAUGUUUGAUGAGCAGCAGGAUUGUUGUGAAUCGACAGAUUUUCCCCUUCACAUCUCUUUGGACUUUGUGUUGUCUAUGAAAUGUAAUUAGUUUGUUUUCAUGGAAUUAUUUUUUCAUAUUUUAGUCAAAUAAACGUCUAAAAUGAA